UUCCACUCACUACCCGUUUCUUUCGUUCUUCCUCUUCCAUCUCUUAUAUAUACCCCCCACACUUCUUCUUCUUCUUCUUCUCCUCCUCUCAUUUUCUCUUUUUUCUCCCAUUCUCUCCACGCAGACUCCCCUAUUCUACCUCUCAUCAUCCAACAUGGGUCAAGACGACGAGCCUAAAACCUACCGCUACAAUGAGACUCCGGUCUACACUACCUCCAAUGGCUGUCCUGUGAUGGACCCUGAAGCUUCCCAGCGUGUGGGCAAGAACGGACCUCUCCUCCUCCAGGACUUCCAUCUGAUCGACCUUUUGGCCCACUUCGACAGAGAGCGCAUUCCCGAACGUGUGGUCCACGCCAAAGGUGCUGGCGCCUUUGGCGAAUUCGAGGUCACCGACGACAUCAGUGACAUUACCACCAUCGACAUGUUGAAGGGCGUUGGCAAGAAGACGAAGAUGUUGACUCGAUUUUCCACCGUUGGAGGUGAGAAGGGAUCUCCGGACAGUGCGCGCGACCCCCGUGGGUUUGCUUGCAAGUUCUACACGGAAGAGGGCAACUGGGACUGGGUCUUCAACAACACCCCCGUCUUUUUCCUGCGCGACCCCUCCAAGUUCCCUAUCUUCAUCCACACCCAGAAGCGCAACCCCCAGACCAACCUGAAGGAUGCCACCAUGUUCUGGGACUACCUCUCCACUCAUCAGGAGGCCGUUCACCAGGUGAUGCACCUCUUCAGUGACCGUGGUACCCCUUACUCCUACCGUCACAUGAACGGCUACUCUGGACACACCUACAAGUGGAUCAAGCCCGAUGGCACUUUCAACUAUGUCCAGCUCCACCUCAAGACCGAUCAGGGCAACAAGACCUUCACCAACGAGGAGGCCACCCGUCUCCAGGCCGAGAACCCCGACUGGCACACUGAGGACUUGUUCAAUGCCAUUGCGCGCGGUGAAAACCCCUCGUGGACCUGUUAUGUUCAGGUCCUCAGCCCCGAACAGGCAGAGAAGUUCCGCUGGAACGUCUUUGACCUGACCAAGGUCUGGCCCCAGGCUGAAGUUCCCCUCCGCCGUUUCGGCCGCUUCACCCUCAACAAGAACGCCCAGAACUACUUUGCCGAAAUUGAGCAGGCUGCCUUUUCUCCCUCCCACAUGGUCCCUGGUGUCGAGCCCUCCGCCGACCCAGUCCUUCAAUCCCGACUUUUCUCCUACCCCGACACCCACCGUCACCGUCUUGGUGGCAACUACGAGCAGAUCCCCGUCAACUGCCCACUCCGUGCCUUCAACCCCACCCACCGUGACGGUUAUAUGAACGUCCACGGUAACUACGGCGCCAACCCCAACUACCCGUCCACCUUCCGCCCCAUCCAGUACAAGCCCGUCAAGGCCAGCCAGGAGCACGAGAAGUGGGCUGGCGCUAUUCUCACCGAGCAACAGCCCGUCACCGAUGAGGACUAUGUCCAAGCCAACGGGCUCUGGAAGGUUCUCGGUAGACAGCCCGGCCAACAGGAGAACUUUGUCAACAAUAUUGCGGUACAUCUGUGCGGUGCUCACCCCAAAGUCCGUAAGGCGACAUACGGCAUGUUCCGUCGCGUCAACCCUGACCUGGGUGCGCGGAUUGAAAAGGCUACUGAAGCCAACGUCAGCGACUCCCGUGCACGUUUGUAAUUUAUUUCCUAUCGAGCGGUUUAAUAGUUUAAAAAAAAAACCAAGUUACACGGCAUCAGAUCUGAAUAACGAUACCAGUUUUUAUUCCUCU